AUGGAUAAAAGUUUUGCAACAUUAUAUAAUAAAUUAACUAACUUACUUCAUUCAAAUCCAUCAACAUCAUCAAAUCAAUCAUCUAUACCUGAAUUGGGUUCAUCAUUACCACUAUCGAAAUUUUUCGAUCGACUAGUUCCAUCACCACCACCAUCAUCAUCAUCAUCAGCAGCAGCAGCAGCAAUAACAACAACAAGUCCAUCAAUUGGCCAACGUCGCGUUUCCUCUCGAGUCUCUCGUCAAAUAUCAAUUAAAACAAAUGAGAAUCGAAAUCUAAUUCCAAAUGAUUUAUCCAAACACCAAAAUAAAACUGAAGAUCAUAGCAAUGUUCUACAACCUGAACUUGAACGAAAGUCAGCUCCAUUGCAUCAUGAACCAGCCGUAUCUGUACCGGGCAUGGACGAUGAAGAGUUUCGUCGACGAGGAAAAGAAAUGAUUGAUUAUAUAGCUGAUUAUCUGAAGCAUACCAGCGAACGUCGCGUUACACCUGAAGUUGAGCCGGGUUAUUUACGUCCGAUGUUACCAAAAAAUGCACCUGAAAAAAGCGAAACAUGGGAUAAUAUAAUGGCAGACGUUGAACGAGCUAUCAUGCCUGGUAUAACACAUUGGCAACAUCCACGUUUUCAUGCUUAUUUUCCAGCUGGAAAUAGUUAUCCAUCAAUACUUGGUGAAAUGCUUUCAGCUGGUCUUGGUAUUGUUGGAUUUUCUUGGGCAGCAAGUCCAGCAUGUACUGAACUUGAAACUAUCAUGCUUGAUUGGAUAGGUCGUAUGAUGGCAUUACCUGUUGAUUUUCUUCCAUUCGAUCCAGUUCGUGAUAAUAGAGAUAGUGAUGAUGAUGAUGAUGACGAUGAGGAGGAAUCAUGUUCUGAAAGUGAUGUAGAAAUAAAAGAAAACAAUUCACAUGAUUCGGUGAUGAAUGGAGAGACUCAUCGUGCAUCAAAACGAAGUCGACAUAUUGGUGGUGGUGUUCUUCUUGGUUCGGCAAGUGAAUGCAUUUUGGUUGCGAUGUUGGCAGCACGUACGAAGAAAAUAACAAGUAAGCGCCUAGUCGAUCCAUUAAUGGAAGAUGGCCAAAUUUUAGCUCGACUUGUUUGUUAUACAUCGAAACUUGCACAUUCGUGUGUAGAAAAAGCAGGCUUAAUUGCAAUGGUUCGCGUUCGACAGUUAGCUGUCGAUGAACAUUUUUCAUUACGCGGUAAAACAUUAGAAGAAUGUAUUCGAGCUGACAAAGAAAAAGGAUUAAUACCAUUUUUGGUUUCGGGUACAUUAGGAACAACAUCUUGUUGUUCAUAUGAUAACUUAGAGGAAAUUGGUGAAAUAUGCCGACGCGAAACACUUUGGUUUCAUGUUGAUGGUGCCUAUGCUGGUAGUGCUCUUAUUUGUGAAGAAUAUCGUUAUAUAAUGAAAGGUUUACAUUAUGCCGAUUCAUUCAAUACAAAUCCAAAUAAAUGGCUAUUGAUAAAUUUCGAUUGUUCGUGCUUUUGGGUUCGAGAUAAAUUUGCGUUGAUCAACGCUAUGUCUGUUGAUCCACUUUAUCUUCAACAUAAGCAUGCACAAAAAGCAGUUGAUUAUCGUCAUUGGGGUGUUGCGUUAAGUCGUCGAUUUCGUUCACUCAAACUUUGGUUUACUAUUCGCAGCUAUGGUAUCGAUGGUCUUCGUUAUUAUAUUCGAGAACAUUGCCGUUUAGCAAAAGUGUUCGCAUUAUUAAUAAGCGCAGAUAGCCGUUUCGAAAUCAUUGGCGAUGUUACAUUAGGUCUUGUUUGUUUCCGUUUAAAGGGCAGUAAUAAAUUGAGCCAAAAAUUGCUUUUAUCUCUGAAUGAUUCGGGUCUGAUUCAUAUGGUUCCAUCAAUGGUUAAUGAUAUCUAUAUAAUUCGUUUUGCUGUUUGUGCUAAAUAUGCUAAUGAUGAUGAUAUGCAUAUAGCAUUCAAUACAAUUCAAGAACAUGCUGAUGAUGUCCUUGUUGAAUAUCGUGCUCAACGUAGCGGACGACAAUCAUCAUCAAAUGAUUCACUUGAUUUAGCUACAAAACCAACAGCUACUAUUAAUAAUAAUGAGCACGAUGAAACUGUAUCAGAUGAGCCAGCUAAUGCUCCGGCAUUGCCGGAAGUAACAGCAACUCCAACAAUUUAUCCCACGACAAAAGUUCGAGCAAAUACAAUAACAACAAUAACACCACAACAUCGUGUAACAUUUGAAAAACCAACAACAAGUUUACUGAAAGAUAAACGAGCACGUCCAAUGUUUGUUCGUAUGGUAUCUGAUGCAAAAUUAUAUUAUCCAAAAAGAACUACAUCACAAUUAUCUCGUCAAACAUCAUUAGUAACACCACGUGCACGAAAACGAAUACAAAGUGAUUCUGGUCAUCAUACAACACGCUCAUCAAGUGAAAGAUAUCUUUCACAUACAGUAAGUAUUUUGGAAACGGUUAAUUCUGACGAAGGAGAACUUGAUGAUAAACAAUAA